AUGAUUUUUAUGUCACCUCCACAUUUAAAGAUGAUGGCAUUCAAAUCAUCAACCAACCGAUUAUAUUCUUCCCUAGUAAACCAAAAAUUCUAUGAUAUCAUUAUAGCUGGUGGUGGUAUGGUGGGUUGUGCAAUGGCUUGCAAACUAUGUAACUAUAAUUAAUUCAAUUUAAGUUAACUAUAGUUUAAACAAAAUAAUAAUUUUAGCCAAAGAAUCUGCAUUACGUGGUGUUUCCAUUCUUCUAUUAGAAGGAGGGCCGCAUAAAGAGUAUAAAUUGGAUACAAAAAAAAAUGUACCUAGCAAAUUUUACAGUAAUAGAGUUUCUGCUGUAAAUAAGUCAAGUGUACAGCUUUUACAAUCAGUUGGUGCGUGGCAAAUUAUUGAAGAUAUAGGAGCUUGUAAUGCAGUCAAAGAAAUGCGAGUAAGUGGAUUUUGUAAAUAUAAUUAUUGUAAUAAAAUGUUUGAAAUUUGUUUUUUAAUUUUAGAUAUGGAAUUGUGGCGGAGGUAAAAGUGGAGGAGUGAAUAACAUGUUAACAUUUGAUAAUGAUAAUGAUUUAGCAUUUAUUGUUGAAAAUGACACCAUACUUGGUGCUCUAUAUAAACAAAUUCAUAACGAUCAAAAUAUAACUGUACAGUAUGAUUCGCGUGUUAAUCAAUGUAAUUUGCCUGAAACGCCUAAAGAAUUGGCCACUGUGAAAAUUGCCAAUGGAGAGACUACAUUUGAAACUAGUUUAUUAGUGAGUUGAAUAUAUUAUUAUAAUGACAGUGGGUAGGAAUAUAUUUUGUUUAUGAUAAUCUAUAUUUCUAGAUUGGUUCAGACGGAUAUGGUUCAAAAGUGCGUUCUACUAUCAGCGGUCAGCAAUAUAUUAGUUGGGAGUAUGGACAGAGUGCUAUUGUAGCAACUUUGCACCUACAGACUGACAAUGUACAAUAUUUGUUUACCAAAAUAAUGAAAGCUAUUACUAUAUUUACUGUAUAUUAUAGGAUAUCUACAGAGGGCAUGUGGCUUGGCAAAAAUUUGCUCAGUUAGGUCCAGUAGCACUAUUACCCGUGAGUUGUUAAUGUAUUUUAUUUAUAAAGAUGAUAAAAACUUUUUAUUGUGUUGCAUUAUUGUCAUUCAAAUAGUUGGAUGAAGAAAUGUGUUCACUAGUAUGGACAACUAGUUUUGAAGAGGCACAGCAUUUAUUAAGUUUGAGUGACAACCAAUUUAUUGAAGCUUUAAAUGGUGUUUUAGCGGUAAUUACUUGUAUUAUUAUUAUUUAUUGUUUUACAUUAACUGUGAUGUAUUGAUUAGGAAGAAAAGGAAUCAAACAAUAGUAGUUUGCUUUUAGCAGAUAAUGUAACUAGAAUAAUGUCUACAGUACUCAAUAAAUGUUGUCAGUCAAAAGAUAAAUAUGACCAACAUAACACAGUAAAAUAUAUUCCACCAAUUGUUACAGGAGUAACACAGGGAAGUAGAGCAUCAUUUCCAUUAGGCUUUGGACAUGCAUGUCAAUAUGUUGGCCAGCGUGUUGCUUUAGUAGGGUGAGUAAUAAUAAUUCUUUUCAUUCAUUUUUAGUAUUAUUUAAAAAUUGUAGACUUGUUAUUAAAUUUAUUUCCCAGAGAUGCUGCACAUAGAAUACAUCCACUGGCAGGUCAAGGAGUUAAUUUAGGUUUCAGUGAUGUUAUAGAACUUAGUGAUCAACUUAACAAAUCAGUAAUGAAAGGCGCUGAUAUUGGUUUGUAGUUUUAAUAUUUAAAUUAUACAAGAAUAUGAAUUGAUAGAAUAAUUAUGUUUCCAUAGGAGAUUUGAAUACACUUCUGAAUUAUCAGACUGUAGUACAGCGUCGUAAUUUACCAAUUAUGUUAGGUAUUGAUGGUAUUCAAAAAGUUUACGGUAGUAAAAACAAUUUGAUACCAUCCGCUAUCACAACAUUAGUACGUAAUGUGGGUCUUACAUUUUGUCAAUCUGCUUCUUUAUUUAAAGUAUGUAUGGUUAAUUUUAAAAUAUAAUUAUUAUUUAUGUAUUUAUUAUUGUUAUUCUUUCUAUUAGAGACUAUUGAGCGACAAAGCAUCUGGAUUGCCCGUAUAG